AUGGACUCUAGAUAUAGUUUUUCGGCAACAAUGCCGCAACAUGAAAAUCAAACAUCACAAACUAUGAAGAAUAGCAGUGAAAGUAGUCUACAAAAUAAUGUAAAUCCACCAACAUCUACAUCCACACGCUAUUUUCAUCGUGCUCCAUUGAUAUUUCCUCAACAUCAUCAACAACGUCUUCGUACAUCAUCGCCAAGAUUUUCUUCAUCAUAUUUGGGCCCAUUAAAUCAACAUCGAUCACGUUUCCUAUCAGCUUGGGAUCUUACUCCUAGACCACACAUACACAAUUCAUCACGGCAGCCUUCUGCGACUACUCCAACACCUACAUCAUUACCCGAGCAAUUUGAUGAAGAUUCACUUUCUGUAAACAAUAAUUCAUUAAACAAUCCUAUUGCAAAUACUCCCACCCCUUCUACAUCAAUGUCAAAUCCAUAUGAAGACGGUUCACAAUCUUCAAGACAAUCUAUGCGUAGUCCAGGAAGCAACACUCUUUCGCCUACUCCAUCAUCUACUUUAAUACCGAAACAAAAUGAUAUGGGUUUACGCUCUCCAAAACUAAAUAUACAAAAUUCAUCCCGUAAUACCAUUGGAAUUGCUUCAGCACCUAAAUCAAUAACGAAACAACAUGAUGAAAAUUCACAUAUGCCAAAGUCACCGAUUCCCAGAUCAAGUAUCCCCAAAUCAACGCGUAAUACUAUUUCAUCUAAUUCAACAUCUACACUUGUUCCAAAACAACAUGAUGAAAAUUCGCGCUCUUCAAGAACAACUUUACAUAAUUCACCACGUCAGACUACUGCAACUACUCAAGCAGUUCCAUCAGUGCCGCAACAAUAUGUUGAGGAUCGAACACAACUUCAAACAAUGCCAGCAAAAGAUUUUGCUGAUUUAGUUAUGUUACCACGUGAAUGGCGUCGUGGUGAAGUUUGUAUUCCAUGGGCUAGAAAUCAUGAUUAUUAUAAUAUUUCAUGGCUUGAAAAUCUUUGGAAAUAUAUUAAUGAAAAACUUCCAAAUGAUUUAACAACACUUGAAAAUACAAAUAUUCUUUAUUUACAACCAUUAUCACGUUCAUCAAGUGCAUCAUCCUCAAAUAAUACAAUAUCAUUAUAUAAAUUAUCAAAAGAUAUUGGCCUUAUACAAUUACCCACCGUUCCAAGUAAAGAUGAUUUAGCUAUACAAAAAGUUUUAGUAAAAUUAAAUUUUCAUUGUAUUGAACCAUUUCCGGAGAUUAUACGACGACAUAAAUUAAUUGAUGAAUAUGUUCCACAAUUAUCAUGUUUAGGUUUAUUACAAAUAUUUAAAUGUCGUUUAAGACAUUUUACACAAUUAAAAAUUCAACAUGAAUUUAAUACUUUAUUAAAUGAACAUGAUAUGAAAUUAUUAAGACAAUAUUUAUCUCGUAUAAUGACACAACAAUUAGAUGAUUCAAAUAUUCAAUGUAUUAAACAAUUACCUAUAUUUGAUAAUGCAUAUUUAGGUAAUGAAUCAAAUCAUUAUCCUCAACAACAACAACAGCAACAACAACAUUAUAAAUAUAUUAGUUUAAAUAAUAUUUUAUAUAUUUAUGAAUCCGGAAUAAAAUUACCGAUUGAUUUACAACCACCGAAACAAUGUAUACAUGUAACUGAUAGUGAUUCAAGAAUUUUACUAGAUAAAUUAGGUUAUGUUAUACAUGAUUUUACACAUGUUGCAAGAUAUUUAAUAACAACUAUUGGACAACAACAACAAUUAAAUAUUCAACAACCACAAACACCACCAACAAUUAAUCUAAAAAAUGAUCAUCAAAAAAUGUUGUAUUUAGGAAAAUGGCUGUUAGUCAAUUGCUCGAAUUUAAUUUUAACCGAUGCUGUUUGUCAAGAUACAUUAUCUACAUGUCGUUUAUUUCUUAAUCGUAAAGGUGAAAUAUGUUCAUGUCAACAAAUGUUUGAUCCAUCAUCAUUUCAUAAUAAUAAUAAAGAUAAAUAUUUAAGUUUAUUUGAAUUAAAAUAUUUACCAUCACAAGAUUUAUGUUCAACAAAUGAAACAUUACCUUUAUUAAAACAUCUUAAAUUACGACAAUAUUAUGAUAUAAAAUGUGAUGAAUUAAUUGAUAUAUGUGAAAUAACAAUGAAAGAAUCAUCAUCAUCAACAACUGGUAAACGUUCAUUAAUGUUCUUAUUAGCUGAAUUUAUUAUUGAUAUAUUAAGUCAAAAUGUUAAAUUAAUUGAUGAAUAUUCUCAAACAAAACGAGUUACUCUUAAACAAUAUUUAAAUAGUACAUCAUGGAUGCCGGUUAUGCUUGAAAGACCACAUGGAUAUCCACUGACACUGACAUGGCAAGGAUCUAUUGAUACUCGUCGUGCAUUUGUAAAUCCACGUGAUCUAUGUGAUAAACUUCAUGGAACACUUGUUGGUGGUAUCGUUCUUGUUACAUCUCUUGAUCUUCCUGAAGCAUUUUAUGUUUCAUCACGUCCAUCAAAUCGUUCCAUAUUUGAUAUGCGUGAAAUCAAACUUGAUAUAUUAAUAAAACAAUUAAAAUGUAUUGUUUUAUGUUAUCAAAAAAGUUCUUCACAUGAACAAAAAAAUGAAACAUUUGAUUAUUUAAAUUUAUGUAAACGUCUCUAUGAAACAUUAUCACAUUUAACAAAUACAAAUGAUAUAUUAAAUGAAAUGCGUAAAUGUAGUUUAACUGAAUGGAUAUGGAAUAGUAUAAAUGGAUUUUCUUCAAUAAAUCAUAUUUUUCUUAUUGAUAAAACACAUCCAUUAGCAUCCUAUGUACAAAUUCUUCCAUAUGAAUUAUAUAAUUAUCGAAAAUUUUUUGAAUCAAUCGGUGUUAAAACUCAACCAGAAGCAUCAAAAAUCGAAGAUUUAAUACGUAAUCAACAGCAACAACCCAUUGAUGAACAUUUACUUAAAUGGAUUAAAGAAACAUAUACAACUGAUCGUCGUUUAUUACAAUUAAUAAAUGAUUAUGAAUUAAAAUCUCUUUCCAAAGGAACGAAUAAUAAUAAUAAUAAUAAUAAAACAAAAAAUCUUAACGAUGAACAAACACGUAUUACAUUUUCUAGUACACUUGAUUUAUCUGAUGACAAGGUCUAUCUUUAUUUACCAGAUAUAUUCAAUAAACAAACAAACAUUAAAGAAACAGUUGUACAAGCCCUAACAACUAUAUCGAAAGAAAAGAAAACUCAAUUGUUAAAUGAAGAAGAUUAUUUUAUACGUAAAAUGUCUGGAAGUGAAUAUUUAAAAAAUCUGUAUGAUCAUUAUCGUGCAUAUAAUGAUUUACUUCUACCAAAUUUAAAUGUUUUACCUAAAAAUGUUAAAGAUACAUUAGUUUUAUUUGCAUUAGAUCAUGCAGAUAAUAUGAUGUUAAAUAUUUUAAAACAACAUUGUUGUAUACCAUGUACACCUAAUGGAAGAACAUUAAAUAAACCAUCGAAAUUAAUACAUCCAUAUUGUCGUUUAGCAUCACUUUAUUCCGAUAUUGAUUCAUUAUUUCCAUAUGGAGGACAAGAUUCAUAUUUAAGAGAAGAUAGAUUAAAUGUUUUGAAACUACUUGGUAUGAAAUGUGAUGACAACCUUGUAACAUGGCCUGAAUUAGUCGAACGAUGUGAAUCAAUACAACGUAUGCGUGAUUAUGAUUUAGCUCAUGAACGUUCAUUAGCAUUACUUCAAAUUCUCAAUGAUAUGUUAACAAUGUCAAAUUCAAAUCCAACUCGAACAUUUGAUGAAAGUGAUGAUUCAUCCGAUCGUCGUUCUCGACAAUCAUCAUCAUCAAGUUCACGUGAUAAAUCUAUUCAUAUGAAUACAUCAACUUCAUCUUCAUCAAUAUUAAAUACACAUGAAGCACUUCAUGAUAAAGAAGCUCGUACACGUGCAUCAUUACAACUUCGUGAAUUAGCAUUUAUACCAAUAAAACCUCGUCCACAAGAAUUAAAUGGAAUAAAUUUAAUAUGGAUGGGUGAUAAAUAUUCCAAUCGUUUAUUUAAACCAAAAGAUGUUCUUUCACAACAUUAUGAACAAUUAGUUUGUUCAACAUGGCCAAUAGCUGAACAAUCAAAAAUCAAUCAAGAACAAAUUAUAAUUACUAAACAAGUUGAACAUUUUCUUGCAUUAGAUGAUGCAUUUAAAAUUGAAUAUAAAGAUAUUCUUAAACAACUUGAUGAAAUCUCGAAAUUAUCCAUUGUUAAUAAUUCCGGUACAAUUACAUAUAAUCAUCAAGCAACAUCAAAAUAUAUUCUUGAUAUGAGUUAUGCUAUAUAUGAUUAUAUUCAAUCAUUUUGUUUUCCACAUUUACAAAAAUCUUCGGAAUAUGAAUAUCGUUCAUCAUCAAUGACAACAAAUCAAUUAGAACAUUAUAAAAAUGAAAUACGAGAAUUUUUUAAACAACGUCGUUUAAUUUAUUUUACUGAUCCAUCAUCAACCGAUACAUAUUUAUUUUUAUCAUUAGAACAAUUAUUAUGGCAAUCACCUAAUCGUUCAUCAACAAAAAUAUCUAAUCAUUUAAAACCCUAUUAUUAUUCUAUACCAAUAUCAUUACAAAAAACUUAUAAACAUUUUUUUCUUGAUCUAUUACAAAUUAAAUGUCAAUUGGAAGGUAAAGAUCUUUUAUAUAUCAUUGAACAAAUUAAAAAAAAAUAUGGUACGAAACCAAUUGAUAAAGAUGAUUUAAGUUUAUUACAAAAUAUUUAUACACUUUUAAUUGAACAAUAUUCAAAUGUUUUUCAUACAAAAAAUCAAUUAUAUUUACCAAAUGUUGAUUGUGUUCUACAACCUGGUCCUGAGUUAUAUUUUUAUCCAUUUGAAAGGGAACAAAUUUUGUCAACUUCUUCUCCGUCUGCACAGAACGAACAUUACGUGCAUCCAUCUGUUGAUCGACGUGUUUGUCUCAAGGCCGGUGUUAAAGUACAAAAAAAUCCUAUUGUCUCUGCAACUGUAUCAUCAUCAUCAAGUCCUCCAACAAAUCCAAAUAUGAUAAAUAAUUCUUCAACAAAUAAUAAUUCUUCACGUUUAUUUCCAAAAAUAUUUGGUAAUAAAAAAUUAGAAUCAAUUCUUGCUCGUCUCGAUGAUCCACAUAUAAAUCCACAAUUAGUUGAAACAAUGGAUGAAUCCAAUCCAAAUAUCGUUUUAGAAUUUUUACUUGAAUCAAAUAAACAUACGCAAAUAACAAAUAAUUUAUCUGAUGAUGAUAUUACCAUAAUAUUAAAAUAUUUUAAUGAUUUUUUAACAAGUGGUUUUCAAGGUAAUUUUCAAAAAGUGCGUGAAUUAAAAAUUUUCAGACCACUUUGGGGUAUUGCAUCAAAUGAUGAUAAACAACAACCGAUUCAACAAUGUUGUUCAUUAGAAAAUUUUUCACAUGUUUAUAUAUUAAAUGAAGAUUGGUCGAAUUUAAUUCGACGUUCAUUUAAACGAAAUUUUUUUACUGAACAAUUUCAUGAAAAAAAAACGGUUUUAUUAAUGCAAAAAAAAAUUGAAUCAUUAAGUAAAAUAUUUACACAUGUUAGAUUUAUUAUCCCAUCGGAUAUGGAAAUAUUUUUACAAUUAUGUUUACCACAUUUUAGAAAAUUAGAUGCGAGAUCACAAGCGAAUCUAAUUAAAUAUUUUACUGAUGAUAUUGAUGAAAAAUUAUUUCAACAUGAAAAAGAACAAUGUAGAAAACAAUUACAUGAUCAUUUAGAAAUUUAUACACAAAUAUCAAAUGAUCAUUUACAUAAAAUACCAACACCCAUAUCACGUUCAUCACGUGAUCCACCGGAAAUUUGUCCGAUCUAUGAAUUAUAUGAUCCUAAUAUUAAAAAUAUUCGUUCGAUUUUAGGUGUUCAUCAUUUUCCUGAUGAACAUUUUCAUACACCAACCAUGUUAAAAUUUCUUAAAGAAUGUGGUCUUCGUUCUUAUAUACCGACAGAUAAAUGUAAACAAAUUAUGGAAUCAAUUCAACUUAAUGUUAAACAAGAAGGUUGGACAAAUGAACAACGUAAACGUUCAAAACAUUUAUAUGAACAUUUAUUAUCAAAUUGGACACGCUAUGAUAAUUCAAUAUUAGAUUAUAAAUUUCUUGAACCCUAUCAAUUGCAUUUAGAACGAAAUGAUUUAUUACAAUUACAUGAACAAUAUACAAAUUCAUCAGAUACAAAUGUAACGGAUCAUUUUCGUUAUACAUGUAUUAAAUUAAGUGAUGGAGAAUUAUUAAAAGAUGUUGAAUUAUGUUGGACAUCAUCGUAUUUAUUACCGGAAUUUGUUUGUCUCGAACAAUAUAAUGAUUUUACUGAACAAAAACAAGCCAUUGAACAAAAUGCAUUAGAAUUUUUUAAAUUAAAUAAAAAACCUUCGUAUGCAUUAGUACAAAAAAAUCUCUCGAAUUUAGCGAAAAAAUUCUCAUUAAAAUAUUAUAAAAUUAAUAAUAAUCCUAAAUCAUCUCAAACAAUUAUACCACAACAAGGUACGGAUGAAACAUUAAUAUCGACAUUGAAAAUGAUCUAUCAUUAUUUUCAACAUGAAAUUAAACAUGAACGUCGAGCUGAAAUUUAUAAAGAAUUAGAAGAUCGUGAAUGUAUUUAUUCUCGUACACGUCGACAAUUUUUACAUGGAAAAUAUUUUUGUUUAAAUUUACCUAUCGCAGAUGAAAUUCCACCAUUUCUAUUUUCAUUAGAUCAAGAUUUUUAUGAAUAUAAAGAAUUUUUUCUACAUAUCGGUGUACAACCUGAACCACAUCCGAUGUUAUAUGGAGAUAUAUUACGGAAAUUAUCUAAAGUUUGUGAUCAAGAUUAUUUAAAUUCAAAUGAAUUAUGUAAAUCAUUAAAAGCUAUGGAAUGUUUUUUUAAAUAUUUAGCUAUUAAUUCAACUAUUAAUUCACAAACAAAACUACCUGGUCUUUAUCUUGUAACGAAUGAUUUUAAAUUAGUCAAAUCCAAUGAUAUAGUCAUCAUGGAUGAUAAAACUAAACUUGAUUAUAUAACAAAAUUAGCACAUGAUAAAUUUAUGUUUAAUCCUAAUGAACGUGUUCUUAAACUUGAUGCUAAUCCAGCAUCAGCAAGUACGAAACAAAAUUCUUCUGUACUACAUUUAAAAGAUAUAGUCGAUAAAAUAUUCGUUAGUCAACGUCCUGUUUUAUUUACACAAAAAUAUGAAGAAUCAUUUUCAAUAACAAUUCCGGAAGAUGAAGAAUCCCAUCGUCAACGUUUUCUUUAUAAUCUUGAAAGAAAAUAUAAUCAAUUAUUAUCUUCACGUCAUUUACAUCGUUGUAUGGCUCGUGUUAUUGCAAAUCAUGUUGCAAGACAACAAAGUCCGAAAAUAAUCUCUAUGGAUGAUGUAGAAAAUUUAAUUCGUCAACGUUUAACAUUUGUUAAAGUAACAUGUGUUGAAUAUCUUGAAACAAAUUUAGUUUAUAAAAAAACUCAACAAAAAGUUGAUCAAUCAGUUGAUGAAAAAGCUGUUUAUUUAGUUGCUGAAGGAGAAGAAAAUAUUACAUUAUAUAUUAGUAUGAAACAUACGGAACAACCUUAUUUUACAUUAUGUUUAGCACGUGCAUUAAGUCCAUGUUUAGGUUUAUCAGAAUUACAAUUAGAUAAUUCUGUUAUGGCGGCACUUCUAGCAACAACAAUAGGACAAAUGUCAAAAUUUUUAAAUUUAGUUAAUGUUGCGACGGAAGAAAAUAUUUUAUCUACACUUAAAUUACAAUAUAUUCCUUCGCCAGGUAAUGUUUAUGGUGAUGAUAUUGAACAAUUACAACAAUUUAAUGUUGAACAACAUCAAAUUUUACCAGGAGAUUUAUGUGUUUAUCGUGAUAAUGAUUUAUAUAUUUAUUGUGAAGUUGAAAAAAUUAUUAAAGAAUAUCCAAAUCAAACAAAUAAUACUGAACAAGAUCAUUGGUCAUGGUCAAAAAAGAAUUCAUCAUCACUUAUACCAACAUAUAUAUUUAUAUGUCGAGUUAAUGAUGCGAAAGAAACACAACGAAUUGAAGCAGUCAAUUUUUAUGUAUUAGAACAUUGGUCAAGAAUAUUUGAUGCUGUACAUACAAAACCAGUUGAUGAACGAGAAUCAUCGAGAUCUUCAACAGCAUCAAGUUCAACAACGAAUACACAAGGAAAAAGUGGUAGCGGUGGUGGUGCUGGUGGUGAGAAAGAUAAACACAAUAAUAAUGAAAAAUAUUCUUCAUCACGACGUUCAGAAAGAUCAACAAAUGAUAAUGCUGGUUUUAAUAGUGAUCCUGGUUUUUCAAAUGGUUUUGAUAAUUCUAAAACUUAUCGUCAAACAUCAGCUGAUAGUGAUUCAUCAAGUAAUCUUACAUCAGAAUCUCAAUCUGAAUCUGAAUCAGCACAAACUACUGAACAAGAUGUUAUUGAUAAAACUGAAUUAGAAUUAACCAAAACAGAAAUUUAUAAUGCUGUACGACAAGCAUUUCAAUUAACCGGACAAGAACGUAAGAAAACUGUUAAAAAAUUAUUAUUAAAAUGGCAUCCCGAUAAAAAUCCCGGUCGUGAACGUUUCGCUGCUGAAGUAUUUAAACAUUUACGUAAACAAAUUGAUCAUUUUGAAAAUGAUCCAUUAACAUCAUUUUUUAAUACAUUCAAUAAUUUUCAUCAUUCACCAUUUUCUGCUUCCGAUCCGAAAUUUAGUUGGAAUAAACAUUCAAGUUCAAGUACAAAUAAUAAAACAAAUCAACAACAACAACAUCAACAUCCAUCAUCAUCAUCAACAACAACUGAUGAUCGUUUUGGUAGUUAUGAUAAUUUAAAUAAAGAUGCAAAUGAUGAAACAAAACGUAGUUAUCAAGAUAUACCAAAUGGAAAUAAUAAUACUAAAGAUCAUACAGAUAAUAAUGAUACUGAUGCUAAUUCAAAAAGUCGAUAUAGUCCACAUCGUUCAUCAUCAUUUCGUACAGCACGUGAAGAAUGGCAAUAUCGUCGACAACAUGGUUUUCCACGGCGCCAUGGAUUUUUUAGUACAGCUGAAGAAAAUGCAACGAAUAAUGGUAAUGGUACUAAUUCUCAGACAUCUGGAGGAAAAGAAAGUCCAAAUGCACGUCGAAAACGUAAUUAUCAACAAUCAGAAGCUGAUCGAUGGCUUAAACAAGCACAACAUGAUCUUGAAAGUGCAUAUAGUGAUAUGCAUUCAUCAACUGGUCAAGUUGCAUAUGAUUGGGCUUGUUAUAAAUGUUAUCGAGCUGCAGAAAAAGCAUUAAAAGCUUAUCAUUAUUAUAAAGAUACAGGAAAAAAUAUGACUGCUGAUAUACCUGGAUUAUUAAUUGGUGUUGAUAAUGAUGUAAGAGAAAUCGGUUAUAAAUUAUAUAAAUGGAUUGGAGAUCCAAAUCGAAUGCAAUAUCCAAAUGCAGCACGAUUUGCAAAGAUUCCAGCUGAAGUAUUCACUGUUUCUCAAGCUGAACAAGCAAUUGAAUAUACAAAAGAAUUAUUAAAGAAAAUUGAAGAUAUUAUGUAUCCAUGA